AUGGGCCGAGCUGGAGCAAGCAUGACCAGCCACGGUGGAACGAACGACAGGUCCUCGACCUCCCACGGCGAUGCGGCUCACACUCCCAUGCCUGGCUACAUCCAGCCUUCGUUGUUCGGUGAUGGUGACAUCACCGACAUUAACAUCAUGACCAGUGCCAGCAAUCCGGAUAUCAACAGGGGACUUCUCCACAGUGCAAACAACAACCACACCAACACCAGUAACACCAAUAGCGCCCUCAACAGCAAUAUUAGCCCCAAUAGCAAUUCUCUCCAGGGAGAUUCGCACACCCUCGCUAAUCUCAGUAACCUCAGCAAUUUCAGCAAUCUCAAUAAUCUCAGCAACCUCAAUACUCCGGAUAAUUCCACCACUCCCAACAACCUCAACUUCAACAAUAACUCUUCUGGAAACCAAUACAGCCAGAUGGACGAUUUUGGCUUUGAUCUCAAAAACGACCAGUACGAUUACUUCUCGCAGGUCUCGCUACUGGCACCGUCAUCCCGUAUAGACCAUGUCUAUGGGUUGGAUUUCGGAGACUUCGAGAAAUCUCAGCAAAAGCCGCAAGGCAAUCGACAACAACCACAAGGCCAACAAACUCUACACCAGCCACUACCACUACCACUACCGCAAUAUGGACAGAAUUUACAAAGUCAAUUACAGAGUCUGAAUCAAGUACAAAAUCAAUUAAACAGCCCUGAACAAAGAGUAGAACAAGAAUUUCAGAACUAUCAUCCCCGUUUCAGAUUGAACCAACAACACUCUCUUUCUCAAGAAGUAGUGGAGUAUCCAAACGCAGAAGGGUAUCAGCCGAAACGUAAACACAGUAAUGAAAACGAUUCAUCUGUUUCUGACACAGGGGCGGGACCUGGUUCUGGCUCCAUGACACAGUUGCCAUAUCCACCAAAACCACCUACCAUACGGCAGAACUCGCUUCCAUUAUCCCAGAAGGCUAUGAACCACAACCACAAGAAGAACCACGGAGCUAAUGGGCUCAGCUUCUUUGGUUAUAGUAGCAAUCCACAAAUCUAUGGAAAUGAGAAUCCACCGAAUUCCGGAAAUUCGCAGAAUGCUCAAAUUCCCCAAAAUCUCCAAAACCAACAAAAGCAAAAUCUCCCAAACCAAUACAAUUCUUCUUCUUACAACGAUAUAGACUUGAAUACAAGUCAGAAAUCCGAUGCCACUGUUACACUUGGCUCACCUUCUGAGGCUAAAAAGAGAACAACGCCCAAACCAAGAGGCAGACCCAGGAAGAAUAGAAAUCCCGGGUUUUUCUUGCCAUUAGAUAACCUCAACACAAAAAAUCAGCUUGCAAAGGUAGCCUCUAAUUCAAUUUCGUCUUCUCAUUCUGACACAGCAGCAUAUAACUGGAACCGGUCUGAACGAGUUAACAAUAGUGGCACAAGAAACUUCAGUGCUAAUAUCCCCUUGUUCAAAGAUGAUGGCCAACACACUCCCAAUCCUGAGUUGCGGCUUUUCGAAGCUGAUUUAGGACUUCAGGACGACAGCUUGCAACGAUUCGCACCUUCCCAUUCCAAUAUCACUCCAUCCAUGAAUCCUCCUCUCAAUGUAAAUGGCUACUUUGAGUUGGAGAACAGAAAUAUUAAUAGUAACAGCAGCAACAGCAACAGCCAGUUUGAUACCAGCAGUCUUCUCACUCAUUUCAUUUCUCCCCACAUUAAUUACAACGAACACACCUUCAACAACUUCAACAAGGAGUUUGAGGACUAUUUGUCAGAAUCAGGUGCGGACUCAAAUCUUGUGCAACAGCGUCCGGUUUCGGGUCAAUAUCAGCUUAUAAAUAAGGAGCAGAUCAGUAUGAGCCGAGGAGUUCCUUUGGAAACUGAUCCUGAUGAUGUGGGUUUUGGUGCCGACUUGGGCGGGUUCAACUUUGAUGUUAACCCUCGAAACGAGUUGCUUGAUCCGGAAAGUCUUCCAAAGCCAACUGUUUACGACAACAAUGAGCUCGUGGCUACCCUGGCAAGCUCGAUGUUGAAUCCUACUCCGAUCUACGACGACAAUGAUGCUCUUUCUGUAAACCAGCAUGGAGCUACAAGUCUCAGCCAGAGUCUGGCCAAUGGGUCAGAUUUUGAACUGUCGGAAUCAGACAGGGAGUCUAAACCAUCGGGUCAUCUAGACGUUCCACGACCAGUAAUUGUUCGUUCCAUAUCCAAUCAUAGUGGCAAUAGCAAUUCCAAUUCCAACUCGCUGCCUCCGCAGGAGUUCAGACACGACGACAACGAUAUAUUGCUUCAGAAGCCCAAGAAGAAGCGGUUGCCCAAAGGUGCCGUUUGCUCCAUAUGCGACAAGUACAUAAGUCGAGACUUGACUAGACACAUGCGGAUCCACAAUGAAGUGGGCCGGUUCCAAUGCGUAUAUCCGAAGUAUAUGUGCAACCACAAGACUCAGUACUUCAACCGGCCCUAUGACUACAAGAAACAUCUUCUCCAUAUGCAUUUCCGCUUCGACGACCCCAAAGGAAAAACAGCCAACACCUUGACAGAUAAGCUACCAUUAGAAGGUAUCUGUAUUGCGUGCGGUGCUCGUUUUGUAGCGAAUGACUGGUUGGAAACUCAUGUGUUGACGAAUUCUGCCACCAAGUGCCCUUCGCUCGAGAAUCGGGAGUGA